CGCUCUGGUCAUUUUGCAGAAUCAGCUGUUAGCGGAGCCGGGCUGGAUUUAUUGCUGGCUGCCCCCCCCUCUCUUUUUUAAUUUCUUUUCUUUUCUUUUUUAAAUCUCUCUCUCUCUCUUUCUUUUUUUUUUUACUUCCAGCCGCCUGGGUUAAGGACCCCCCAACCCCACCCCUUUUCUCCCCCAUCUUUUCCCGAUCCAGCAAUAUUGGAUGGUGGGGGGAAAAAAGGGGGGGGAGAAAUAAUAACGGUACAAAGGAAUUUUUUUCCCCCCAGGAGUUGGGGAGGGGAGAGGGGUUUCUCUCCCUAAUAUUCCCGGCUUUGUGCUUUGCCGCCCGGCCACCACCUCGCUUUCAAACCAAGUUCACAAGCCGCCCGCGAUGCAAAAAGAGGAAGAGCGAGGCUGGAGGAUUUGCUGAAUUCUUUGGAAGAUCUUCCUCCUCCUCCCCUUCUCCCCCCACCCCCUCCCCGCCCCGUUUCCGAGAAAAAGAUCGUCCCUGAUUUGAUCCCAGCCUCCCCGGAUCGGAAAGCCAAAGGAUCGCGGAAGGACAGCCUUCCACGAGACCCGAGCGAGAGAGAGGGGGACGGGGGGACACGCGAGACCAGGCCCCCUGCCUCUUCCUCUUCCUCCCCUCCGGCCGUAUCCCUCCUUCCCACGAUCCAGGAUGGAGAAGAGCGCCGAGCAGCCCAAGGCCCCCGGCGGGAAGCAACAGCCGGCCGAUCGGGGAGGUUCCAGUCGGACCAUGUCAGAAGUGAUGCUGUCACCUCGAAAUGAACAGAAGGCUCCCCUGGUGGGGAAGGCAGAGGCUGAGCUGGGCCGCCGGACCCCCCCAGCCUUCCAUCCAGCAGCCCCGUCUCUGCCAGCUGCAGCCGUGACACUGCCAGCCCCAAAUGAACUCCCCAGUGCCAAGACCCCCACCACACCUGUCUCGGAAGCAAGUUCUGCGCUUCAGACUCACCAACUCAGCCCCCUGCCUGCUGUCCCACUUCCAGAAGCAGAGAGCCUGCCCCCUAAGAGUGAUCGCCCCCCACCCAUUGGAGCCCCAAGUUCGCCUCAAACGGAGGAGACGCGUGGCAGUGCCCGCCUGCCCCCCAAGAACGAGCAGCCUUCCCCUGCCCAAGGUUCACCCACUCCCAGGGCAAAACAAGAUUCUCAGAAGGCCCAAGCAAGACACAGGAUGGCCCGGGAGCGUCGUGAAGAACGAGCCAAGCAUCUGGCUGCCAAGCGGGCAGUGUGGUUGGAGAAGGAAGAGAAGGCCCGCAUGUUAAGGGAAAAACAGCUGGAAGAGAGGCGGAGGCGGCUCGAAGAGCAGCGAGUGCGAGCUGAGAAGCGGCGAGCCGCCCUGGAAGAACGCCAGCGCCAAAAGAUGGAGAGGAACAAGGAGCUCUACGAAGCUGCCAUCCAGCGCUCCGUGAAGAAAACCUGGGCUGAAAUCCGGCAGCAGCGAUGGUCGUGGGCUGGGGCGCUGCACCAGGGCUCCCCUGUGCACAAAGAGGGUGCAAGCAGGUGCUCUCUCUCUGCUGUAAAUCUCCCCAAACAUGUGGACUCUAUAAUCAACAAGCGCCUCUCCAAAUCUUCUGCCACUCUCUGGAACUCACCCAGUAGAAAUCGCAGCCUCCAACUUAGUGCUUGGGAGAGCAGCAUCGUGGACCGGCUGAUGACCCCAACUCUCGCCUUCUUGGCCCGCAGCAGAAGCGCUGUGACGCUAGCCGGCAAUGGCAAGGAGCAGGUCCCCGUGUGCCCCCGCUCAGCUUCUGCCAGCCCCGUAAGCCCCUGCAAAAACCAGCGUGUACAUCGUUGUGCGGAGAGACGGCGGCCAGCAACCAGCAGCCCUGAUGUAACUCCCCGGAAUAAGCCUCACUCCUCUCCUCAUCAGAAAAAGAAAGAAAAGAAAGACAAGGAUCGGGAAAACGCCCAAGAAAAGAGUGCCUUAGCCCUCCGCAAACGCCACUCUACGCCUUCUGGCCAGGCCCGUCAGCUGCAUGUACCCGAAGGCAGCCCAAGCCCUAAGCCCAAGCCAGCCUUGCCGGCUGUAGCCAAACAGCGCCAAGCCUCGCCAAGCCCGGGACCCAGCAUUUCACAUCGGCCAAGCCUGACUCGCAGUGCCCAGUCUUCCCCCAGGAGGCGAGUUCGCAGGGAGCCCGAAGGCCAACCGAAGGCUCGUGAACGCAAGAACGAUCCGAAGGAACGUGGGGCAGCUUCUCCAGCCCCGGAGGAGAGCUUGAAGGCAACGGGGAGCAGUGAAACACCAGCAGAAAUCACUGCCCCCUCGGGGGCUGCCAGCCCGAUGCCUCCACCUCCUCCCUCAACGCCAGGCAAACCGAUGGCUGGCACCACAGACCGAGAAGAAGCUGCUAGACUGCUGUCGGAGAAACGGCGGCAGGCACGGGAACAGCGGGAGCGGGAGGAGCAGGAACGGAAGGAGCAAGAGGAGCAGGAGCGGCGCCAAGCGGAGGAGCGGGCUCAGCAAGAAGCCAGAGACCGCCUGCAGCAGCAGGUUGAGCUGGCUAGGCUGGAGGAGCAGCUGGCCCACCAGGAGGAGCAGGAGGCUCAGGAACGGGCCAGGGCGGAGCAAGAGGAACAAGAACGGCUGCAGAAGCAGAAGGAGGAAGCCGAGGCUCGGGCCCGGGAAGAGGCUGAACGCCAGCGAGUGGAACGAGAAAAACAUUUCCAGAGAGAAGAACAAGAACGGCUGGAGAGGAAGAAGCGCCUGGAAGAGAUCAUGAAACGGACGCGAAAAGCUGAGGGAGCUGAUGCAAAGAAGAAAGAGGACAAGAAGAUGGUGAAUGGCAAGGAAGAGAAGCAAGAGGAUGGAAUGGGUCCAGAUGGCAAGAAAUACCCUGGAAGUCUCCCCAAGGAAGAAGAGCUGCCCGAGAUGCAACCCUCAAGCCCGGCCAGUCGCAAAGGGCUGAGUCCAGAGGGCAUGCAGCACAGCUCCCCCAUCAACCCCACCCUGGCCCUGGUGAAUGGCCUGCAGUCCAGCAAGCAUGAGAAUGGCUUCCCCUCUCCCCAAGAGCCUAGCGGACGGGAGCACCCUGCAGGGUCGGGGCUAAGCGUGGCCGAUGAGCCCAUCCUGCCUUUUGCCAACAAGGAGCCCUUCCUCAACAAUGCCGUGGCCCAGGCACCACAGGUCACAGAGGUUCUGUAGAUGGGGGUGAUGUCAAAGGACGGGUGCAACGAUGGGCCAACUUCAGGCUACGUUAGAUUGGAAGACGAUCAGCCAGGGCGAAUUCUGCCCCUUGGUGGACUUGAGGGCAACGCAAGGAGCCAGGCUGGGGUGCCAGCCCUGUGGACUCACUCACUCUUCUUCCUGUCCUCAUUUUAUGACUAGUAUUAUUAUUUUUUUUAAUAAGCACCUUAUCAGACUGACCCCCAUCUCAUAGCUCAUCUUCAACACUAUAUAACCACAUAGUUAUUUAACUGGCUGGGUAACAAAGGAUGUGAAUAAUGUAUAUAAACUUCGAUGUUAGCAUGAGGACUGCGCCUUUAUGAUUUGGCUGCCCCUCGGGGGGAGGCGGGGGGUAUUUUUAGGCGAGGGCCAGAUCGUGAGAAAGGGGGGGGGAAAUCAAACCCCACCAACUCCUUUUCCUAAAGCGAGGGUGUGUCAGUGUUGCAGGUGAGUGUGUGUUCCAGCCAAUAGGAAGCAUUUAGAUGAGCGUUUCCUAACCUGGACAACUUUUAACUCCCCUAAUUCCCCAGCCAGCCAUGGUCGCCAACGUUGAGAAACACGGAUCUAGUUUUCUUAUUUAAAACUCUCCCCGUUGGUCUCAGCCAGGAGAUGGGCAACAUUGUGUGGCUGUGUGUGUGUAUGUGUGUGACCCACCGUUAGCGACUCAGUAGCUGCCAUCGUCCAACACAACUGUGCUUUUUCCUGAGUGGGGGGGUGCUGCUGUUUCUCGGUGGGGCGUUGCUGGGGCUGCUGCGCUCAGUGUCACAGUGACAGUAUUAUGCCUCUGAGCAAACUUUUGUGGACAAUAAAAUGGAGAAAUCAA